AUGUCUACCACCGAAGAAUCUCUUGAAAGGGUCCCCUAUCGUCCCAACUGCUCCCUCUGCACCUACUUCGCCCGACACGACCAACAACAACCCUCCGCAUCCGCACACCCAUCGAUAUACCAGCCCUCGCACCUCCCACGCCACGAAACCGACGCAGUCUGGGACUUGCUCCGCGAAGCGGUAGCCCAGAUCAUCUCUAACCCCUCCUUUCUGGACCAUCGCGACUACAUCUCGCUCUAUAAUACCAUCUAUAACUUCUCCUCCCGUCCGGCAGAUACCGGUGGAGGAGCUGCGCAUCAUUACGCGCACGAGUUCCUCGAGUUCCUUUACCUCCGCCUAGAUGAGACUUUGACGGCGUAUGUUGAGGGGGUGAAGGAGGUCUUGGCGCUGGAGGGGGACGAUGGGGCACUGCUAGACUUCUACGGGGAAACGUGGCGGAAGUUUCGGGAGGGGGCGAGGGUUAAUGCGAGUUUGUUCUCUUCUGUGCACAGGGGGUGGGUGGAGAAGAGGUUUGAACGAAGCAUUGGAGCUCUGGGAAUUGAGGGCUUACAUUUCAUGCGGUGGAAGAAGGGGCUGGGUGUGGAUGGGGAGGACUCGGUUGUGAGGGCAGCGCUGCGGAGAGCGGAGGGGAAGCGGGACGUGACUGCGUAG